AUGCCCUCUAAUCAGAAUAAUCAUGCCGUCGUGUUCGGAUGCUCGGGAAUCAAUGGCUGGGCUCUGGUGAAUCAAUUGCUUUCGGGAUACCCGGCCGCUGGUACCUUCGCCAAGGUCACUGCCAUUGCAAACCGUCCUUUCAAGCCUGAAGACGCCGGAUGGCCCCGCAAUGUUGGCGAUCGACUGCAAAUCAUCUCAGGUAUUGAUCUUCUGGCUGGGGAUGAUCAAUCACUACAGGAAACACUUGCAGAGAAGAUUCCAUCUGUGGAGACCGUGAGCCAUGUCUAUUACGCUGCAUAUCGUGAAAGCCGCGAUGGCGCCGAAGAAUCUCGUCUGAACAAGGAGAUGCUCCGCGCUGCGGUGCAGACCAUUGAGAUCCUUUCUCCUGAGCUGCAGUUUGUGACACUGAUCACUGGCACCAAGGCUUACGGAGUCAUGAUGUUUGAUAAAUUUCCUUUUCGUGGACAGACGCCUUUGAAAGAGAGUUAUCCACGUAUUCCCGAUGAGUAUGCCAAGAACCUUUUUUAUUAUCAUCAGGUAGACCUGCUUCGUGAACUAUCUGCCAAUAAAGCUUGGUCAUGGUGCGAGGUCCGGCCGGAUAUAAUUAUCGGUGUCGCACCGUUUGGCAAUGCGAACUGUAUCGCCCAAACCACCGGGAUUUUCCUCGGGCUCUACCGAGCCAUCGAAGGGCCCGGAGCUCGCGUCCCAUUCCCUGGCACCGAGGCUGGCUGGAACCUCUUGUCAACUGAUUCAAACCAGGACAUUAUUGCACAAUUCUGCAUCUAUGCGUCUCUCCAGCCCCGCGAGAAAGUCCACGCCCAGACCUUUAACAUUGGCGACGAUGCAGUCCCGCUGUCGUGGUCUAAGCGCUGGCCGAUUCUCGCAUCAUACUUUGGGCUGGAGGGAACCGGGCCAAGUAGCGAUAGCGUAUCGGGACCCGAGUAUAUCAGUCGCCACGAGCCGGAGUUCCAGGCGCUGUGUCGGGCGCGUGGCCUCAAAGAAGAUAUUAUGUACACCAGCAUACGGAAUACCGGGUCGAGGGGCAGUGUGAUGAAACUCAUGGAUUUUGAUCGCAACUUAGAUUUGAGCAAGGCAAGGUCUCUAGGUUUCAACACCGAACUGAGUACGGAGAGUUCCUGGUAUACGGCCUUCGACCGAGUGCGGGAUGCGAAACUCAUGCUGUGA